GCGUAGCUAGCCACUAGUCAAGCACUGGAUGUCUAUACAGACAGACAGGAAGUGUAUGGCUGGGUGAAGAGAGGAAAAUGAGUUGAGAGAAGACAUGAAUUCAGCCCCUUUUCAGCAGAGGAGUUAGCAAGAUUCCUUGAGAAAAGGGAGAACAAGAUAAGAAGUGAUGCCCUUCCUCUUUCGACAGUGCUGAGAAUGUCCCAAACUCCGUGAGAAACAAAGAUUCGCCAUCUCUCUGAAAGCAAAGGAUCACCAUGUUGUAAAGGACAUCAUUCCUCCUGUCCUGGGAAGAGCAGUUAGUACCUCAGAUCCAUUCUAGGAACUCUCACCCAGCCCUGUUGAACAAAUGCUCAGGUCUUUGAUGGUGGCAACUGGAGAUAUGGGAAUCAGCUGCCAGCUGCAUGCCACAGCUCUUGGUAUCCUGCUGGUCUGGUCAGUCUUACAACUGCAGAAUAUUUCAGCAUCCUGCCCUCAAUGCAAUGAAAAUGCCUUCUGCUACAACAGCUCCCACUGUAUUUGUAAAGAUGGAUUCUGGUCAGAACCUGAUAACAGAAAAAUCAUUGAGCCCCAUGUGAGAUGUGAAGAUAUUGAUGAGUGUCAGUUGGAGCCACUGGUGUGCACAGAUGUGUCAUACUGUAAAAAUAAAAUUGGUACUUACAUAUGCAGCUGUAUAGUAAAAUAUCCUAUCUUCAACUGGGUAGCUGGCAUUAUUGAUAAUGAUAGUCCUGAGUGUUAUGCAGGUUUUUGGGUUUUCCUAGAGUGGCUUCAUGGGCUCCAGUCAUCAAUGAUGCCUGCCACCACAUACCAAGUAGAAGAUGGCCACUCUGUGAUUCCUCCCACGGGCACUCCACUGUCAAUCAGCUUACCCUCAGCUGCACAUCCUACCUCCCAUCACAGGGAGCAUACCAUCACUACUACAGCAAAAAGACACACCAUGCCUUACUAUGUAAGGAAAGAUAGUCAUAUUGGAAUUGCUUCUGCAGACAUCCAUCUUCACCAAAAGCAGACACCGUUAUACAUCCUACAGUCCAACACAGUGAAAAAACCAGAGAACAUAAAAAACUCAGCAGAUGUAUGGGGAAAGCUGAUUGGACGUGAAUCUAAAAAGGACGUUGCAAAAGCGGCUACGGAAGUGCUUCAUAACGUGGAAGUCAACAUACUGAAUGAAAAUGCAGCUGCAGCAACAAAGGGUGAAAAUUCUGAAUUGGGUAUAGUGUAUGAAACCAAGAGGUGCAAAAGUAUGACUGUUCUGGAAGCUGGAAAUAAUACAAUGAAGAUUGACUGCAAUAGUGUUCUCAAAGAAAUCAAGAGUAGAGAUGAGACUCCAGUUGCUCUUAUUGCAUAUCAAUCCCUCGGAAAGUUUCUAAAUGGAUCAUAUUUUAGUAACAAAGAAGGGGUUACGGAAGUAAAAUUGAACUCUCUUAUUGUGAGUGGCGCCAUUCGUUCAGAAGUCAAACCUGUCCUAUCUGAACCUGUAAUCCUGACUUUACAAAAUAUUCAGCCCAUUGACCCAAGAGCAGAGCAUCUUUGUGUCUACUGGGAAGAAUCAGAGGAUGGGGGCAGCUGGUCUACUAAGGGCUGUUCUCACAUGCACACCAAUGACUCCUACACCACCUGCAAGUGCUUCCACCUGUCCAGUUUUGCUGUGCUCAUGGCUCUAUCCCUUGAGGAGGACUCUGUGCUUUCUGCACUGUCUGUGAUAACCUACGUGGGUCUGAGUCUCUCCCUCUUGUGCCUGUUCCUGGCGGCUGUGACCUUUGUCCUGUGCCAGCCCAUCCAGAAUACCAGUACGACACUCCACCUGCAGCUCUCCAUUUGCCUGUUCCUGGCCGAUCUCCUCUUUCUCACCGGCAUCAACAGAACUGAGCCUAAGGUGCUGUGCUCCCUCAUUGCAGGAAUGUUGCACUACCUCUACUUGGUUUCCUUCAUGUGGAUGCUUUUGGAAGGGCUACACCUUUUUCUCACUGUGAGGAAUCUCAAAGUAGCCAACUACAGCAGCUCAGGAAGAUUCAAGAAGAGGUUCAUGUAUCCUGUAGGCUACGGGAUUCCUGCCUUUAUUGUUGCUGUGUCUGCAAUAGCCAGACACAAGAAUUAUGGAACACAUACCCACUGCUGGCUCAGCCUUGAUAAAGCAUUCAUCUGGAGCUUCCUGGGGCCAGUGGCAGCCAUUAUCUUGAUCAACCUGGUGUUCUACUUUCAAACUAUAUGGAUUUUGAGAAGUAAACUUUCUUCCCUCAAUAAAGAAGUUUCUACACUUCAGGACACCAAGACCAUGACAUUUAAAGCCAUUGUUCAACUAUUUGUAUUGGGAUGUUCUUGGGGCAUUGGCUUCUUUAUGGUCAUUGAAUUCGGGAAGACAGUGAAAUUGAUCAUUGCCUAUCUAUUCACCAUCAUCAAUGUCCUACAGGGGGUUUUGAUAUUUGUGGUACACUGUCUGCUUAAUCGCCAGGUGCGAAUGGAAUACAAGAAGUGGUUUCGUAAGAUGCACAAAGGGGUUGAGACUGAAAGCACUGAGAUGUCUUAUUCUACUACCCACACUAAAACGGAGGAAGUUGGAAAUCAGCAGAACUGACUCACAGAGAGAGCUCACAACUUGAGUUCCUACUUCCUAACCAAGGACCAUCACUGCUGUGUGGCCACACAUGGACUAGGUUCAUCUCACCAUUCUUCCAUGAGAAUUGACAUGUUGAAAAUAAUCUUGCUAUGGUUGCUAAUGCACAGUAAUUGUACAUGUGAUGCAUUUUACUGGGAAUUUUUCAUACAUACAGCUUUAACCAUGCCCGCUUCUUUCCCUUAUCCUUAACGGACCCUCUGUACUCAGUCACUUUCCCUGUACAUAAUAAUUCCUCUUUCUAUUAAUUUUCAACACAAUGGAAAAUGAUAAUAUUUCUCUUGCUACAUCUCACUUAAUUAUUAUAGCAUGUCUUCUCUUAAUUCCAUCUAUAUCCUUGCAAAAAAUAGGAUUUUAUUCUAUUUUAAAACAGAAAAAUAUGCCAUGGGUUAUAUAAAGCACAGUUUCUUUAUUCUUUGAGGGACACUGAAGCUGAAGCCACAUCAUGGCUGUAGUGAAGAGCACCUCAAUAAAUUCAACUAUGCUGUUGUAGGACACAGUUCUCUGAGGAAAACAAAAAGCUGUCAUCUUCCUAAGAUCAACCAUGACUGCUUGCGAGCUUCUUGACUGUCACAGAGCAGGGAUGGAGUAUGUCACUGGAUACUCACCUGAGAAAGAAGCCAUAAUUCUCAAGCAUUUGCUCACAGUUCAGCCCUAAUAUUCCUGCCGUGGUGUCUGCAGAGGUGCUAUAGUACAUACUCUGCAUGAAGGCUGAGACUCACUGGUGCAAGUGUGGGGAAGCAGCCGCCCAUUCUGGGUGAAGUAUCUCCAGUGCUGCUAUUCCGAGGUCAACUACGUGUUUGUAAAUAACCUUUACCCAAUAAAUUUAUUGAUUCUCAUGGUG